AUAAAGCGAUGGGCCCUUUUGGCCUAUCAGUUCUGGGUUCUUCCAUUACAGACCAAACAUAGAAUCUUCUUACAUUAACUUUUGGUACCUAAAAACCGGUGCAUAAACUGGUAGCUUUGGGACAAGACAAUCGCUCUUCAAGUUGGAUAAAGCGAUGGGCCCUUUUGGCCUAUCAGUUCUGGGUUCUUCCAUUACAGACCAAACAUACAAUCUUCUUACAUUAACUUUUGGUACCUAAAAACCGGUGCAUAAACUGGUAGCUUUGGGACAAGACAAUCGCUCUUCAACAUUUCUUGCCAUUCAAAGACAUGCGAGAAGACAAAUGACAAGCCGCUUCUGUAAUAUAGUUUUGCAAGCACCAGCCAACUCAUUGCGUUUUUAUAUCUCAACCAAGCCUGCAAAAUUCCAUUAUUCUACUAUUUCUGCAUCCAGGUCAAAUUGUCUUUCAUCAUCAAUAAACUUUGAGGGAUCCCAAAAAAGAUGUGUUUGGUCUACUAAAUCCAAGCUGAAGAACAGCUGCGGCUCGUUAACGCUUAAAACUGCAGUGAGUCCCAGAUAUACCUGGAAGGUGUGCUGUGAUAUUUCUUCUCGGUCCCAAAAUGUGAAUAUGAGGCUUUCCUUGCCCACUCAGUCAAAUUUGAGGCGUAAUUCUGGGCAGCGACAUCAUACAUCUGCUGGUUUAUUUAUUGGAUUUUUGGUCUGCUGCUCUGCGUCUGAACCAGUACAUGCUGAAGCAUCAGGAGAAAGUAAGGGAAAUUCCUCAACCACUGGCUAUUCACAUGGAAAGAAGGUCUAUACUGACUACUCUGUAAUUGGUAUACCUGGAGAUGGAAGAUGUUUAUUUCGUUCUGUUGCUCAUGGUGCUUGUUUGUGGUCAGGGAAGCCCCCUACUGAUGAGAACCUACAGAGGCAAUUAGCGGAUGAAUUAAGGGCCAGAGUGGCAGAUGAAUUUAUAAAGAGGCGAGAAGAGACAGAAUGGUUCAUCGAAGGUGAUUUUGACACAUAUGUUGCCCAAAUAAGGAAUUGUCAUGUGUGGGGAGGUGAACCAGAGCUUUUGAUGGCUUCUCAUGUUCUCCAGAUGCCAAUCAAUGUUUACAUGUAUGACAAGGACGCUUGUGGCCUGAUUUCUAUUGCUGAAUACGGGCAGGAAUAUGUUAAGGACAAUCCUAUUAAGGUUCUGUAUCACGGCUUUGGUCAUUAUGAUGCAUUGCACAUUCCUUUAAACUGCAAGAAACAAUGCACGGGCUUUUGAGAUUAUGUAUUAUGUAGAAUUUAACAAGUAGAUUGAAUGUGAAUAUUCAAGAGAUGUGUUCUGAAUCAUGUAUUCUUUACCGUAUUUCCUCCUCAUUGAUCUGUUAAGUCGAGUUCUGAAGUAUUUGUUUGAUAAUGAUUGCAAGAUGAAUGCACCCUUUUCUUUUUC